GAGGCUGAACUUCUCGGUGAGUUCAACUUUAGCAGAAGCAUGUAAAGCACUUAUUGAAGAUAAGGCACCCUUUCUGAAGGAAAAUGCUUUAAAAACGUCAUUCAGAGAAUCCAGUUGCACGGAGUACAUCACGCAGAACCACUACAUCACCCGCGCCCUCUCAGCCGAGGAGGCCGCCUUCCCCAUUGCCUACGUCAUGACCCUGCACAAGGAGUUUGAGACCUUCGAGCGGCUCUUCAGGGCGGUGUACAUGCCCCAAAAUGUCUACUGCGUCCACGUGGACACCAAGGCGCCGGCCCCCUUCCGGCAGGCGGUGCGGCGCCUGGUGGGCUGCUUCCCCAACGCCUUCCUCGCCUCCCGGGCGGAGCGGGUGGUCUACGGCGGCGCC